UUACAACACUGCCGGGUUAUAUUUUGUUAGCUAUGUUUAAAAAAAUAUGGCUAAUGAUCUUGCUGCGUUCAGGGAGAGUUGGAAACAAGAAUUAACGAGUAAAAAAGAGGAGCAGCGACUUGUUUCUGCUUCUUCCACCUCCAGGAGUAUUCCUGAGCAGGCAAGUAACAGAGACUCGAAAAAUAGAUAUUUUGAAGACUUAAAAAAUCCCAGCAAAGAGCAAAGUGAGGCCUGCAGUCCUUUAAAAUCAGAUGGUUGCACUGAGGAUAAGGGACGUGUUGUAGGAGGAGGAGGUGAGGAGGCUGCAGCGAAGUCAGAGGAUCAACCUGAGUAUGUGUCCAUUGCACGUAGUUUGCUGGAUGGGAGGACUAGUCCCUUAUUGGAAAGGAUUGAAGAGGAGAGGAGCAGGAGGAAGAGGCAGUAUCAUAACGUGACAAAUGUCCGCAGCGCGUCCCUGCAACAGCAUCAACAGCAUCAGCAGCAUCAGCAGCAGCCUCAGAGAAAAGUCAAGAAAGACGAGGAGCUGUUGGAGCAACUCAUUCAGGAUCUGAAUGAGGUGAAUGACAUUCCCUUCUUUGAUAUUGAGUUACCAUAUGAGUUGGCUUUGAAGAUAUUCCAGUAUCUCAACUGUACCGAGCUAGGCAGAUGUGCACAGGUGAGCAGGGCAUGGAGAGCCCUUGCAGAGGACAGCGUGCUGUGGUUCAAGAUGUGUGUGGGGGAGGGAUACCAUCAGGAUGCCAGCGUGGCUGACUCCCCCUGCUGGAAGAGCACGCUGAGAGACUGCAGGAACUCGGCCAAAACUGUGCGCUCCAACUGGAAGAAUCGAGUGGGAUCCAUCAGUCAGCUGCAGUUCGAGCUGGGAAAGGUGCUGUGUGACGUCAGCUCCUGUGAUAACUUUGUCUUGGCUGGGUACACGUCUGGUGAUGUGAGGCUGUGGGAUACGCUGCACUGGGACUCAACAGCCUCCUACCUGAAGUGCAACAGUCUGUCAGCUAACACGAUCCCCAGACCUCAUGUUAAUCAUGUCCAGGUCAACAGCACAGUGGCUGCAGCUGCUUAUGAAGACGGCUGUGUGGACCUGUGGAGCACAGAGACAGGUGGAGAGCCCAUCCACCACUACCAGAUUCCAGGGAAGAUCCAGGCCCUUACCCUGAGCCCCGACAGUCCCGUCCUGGGCUCUGCUGCUGGGUCAGAUGUCAGGCUAGACCGUGCCGAUGACCGUGGCUACUGGAGGACACUCUGCCGGGUUCAGCUACCCAAGACCGUAGAGAGCUUGGUUUUGGUGCCAGGCAGGAAUCAGCAGGGCCCGCUGGCAGCCCUGGCGGCAGGAGAGGCUGUGUACCUGUUGGACACUUUGGAGGAGGAACCAAGGAUGCUUCAUUCAGUCUACGGUCAUCCCGUUACCUGUCUGGAUGCUUCCGACUCCAAUGUUGCAUUUGGGGUGAAGCGCACUGGCUGGGCCAUGCAUGAUGGAGGCAACAAGAUCCACGUCUACAGCGUAGAGACGGGUAAACAGACAGCUUGUGUUGGCAACUCACCUGGAGAUUUCACUUGCAUCAAUCUGAGAGACAGUCCCGUUCACCUGCUGGUGUGUGGAAACAAAGAUCGAAGAGUGAGGGUGUUUGACCUAAGGACCGGCUCCUCUGUGGCGUCUCUGUACGCCCACCACUUGGGUGUCACCUCGGUUCAGGCGGACGAUUGGAAGAUUGUGAGCGGCGGAGAGGAAGGAUUGGUGUGCGUGUGGGAGAUGAGGAUGGGAGCUAAACUGUGGGAGAUGCACAACAGGCAUCCUGUAAGGCAUGUACGUUUCAACAUUAGCAACCUGGUAACAGCCAACAUCCCAGAUGACAAAUCACCGCGGGGGGCUUGCAUCACAGACGAUGACCUCACAGCUCACCGCAGACACCGGGGAGUCAUCUGCCAUUACGACUUCUCUGAGGACGCCACCUCCCAGGAUCACAUUCUGCCCAUCUGCCGGUCCGAUUACACUGAAUCUUACGGCUACAACUACAACAUUGGCCUGACGGUGCCAUAUGACCGGCUGGCUGGUUCUCAUCCAUCCCACUGAGGUGGAGAGUGUCCCCUGUUGCAACUGGACAUAGUUGGAUAUGGUUGAAUGGACAAUAGAAACUUUCAUCCAAACUGUAUUCAAUAAUUUUAUUCUCAUUUCAAAUCAACGUUUUUAGAUGUAAUAUUGAGUUUAAUUGUAAUAUUUGUAUAUUAUCUACAGCUGUUUUUAAUUUACAGUGUUGGAUUCAGCUGCCCAGAUGUUUUACAGGAUCUCAGCUUUGCAAACUGUUACUGUAAAAAUUAAUGAUUUUUUUUUUUUAAAUUGAUGUUUGACUUGCUGGAUUUGAAUCAGUGUCGCUGUGCAACACCACAGCAAUAAAACAUGUCA